GCGUCCCGCUCGCAGUGGCUUGGGCAAGGGCGCCUGCGCGGUGAGCGGGUCCCAUGCAACACAUCUGGGAUUGGUAGUCCAUGUUCCUCCGGUCUCCAGCAUUCACAAGAAAAAGGGGGAAAAAAAACCAUGCAAAUUAGAUAUCUCUGAAUUUCUUGAAAAUUAAAUAAGACGCAGAUUCUGGCUCAGGAAAGUGAUGCAAACGCGUCGUUUUCAAAGGAGAGACCCCAGCCUCGGGUCAGGCGCGGCGCAGACAGCGGCGCGGGGUCCUUGGGUUGGGCGGGGCUUGCUCGCGGUGGCUUGUGGCUCCUUCCUGCGCUGCUUCUCUCUUUCGCUCAGACCUGUGGCGCCGACAGGAUGGGCAAGUGUCGUGGACUUCGUACUGCUAGGAAGCUCCGUAGUCACCGACGAGACCAGAAGUGGCAUGAUAAACAGUAUAAGAAAGCUCAUUUGGGCACAGCCCUGAAGGCCAACCCUUUUGGAGGUGCUUCUCAUGCAAAAGGAAUCGUGCUGGAGAAAGUAGGAGUUGAAGCCAAACAGCCAAAUUCUGCCAUUAGGAAGUGUGUCAGGGUCCAGCUGAUCAAGAAUGGCAAGAAAAUCACAGCCUUUGUACCCAACGACGGUUGCUUGAACUUUAUUGAGGAAAACGAUGAAGUUCUGGUUGCUGGAUUUGGUCGCAAAGGUCAUGCUGUUGGUGAUAUUCCUGGAGUCCGCUUUAAGGUUGUCAAAGUAGCCAAUGUGUCUCUUUUGGCCCUAUACAAAGGCAAGAAGGAAAGACCAAGAUCAUAAAUUUUAAUGGUGAAAACACUGUAGUAAUAAAUUUUCAUAUGCCAAAAAAUGUA